CCGAAACGGUCCGUUAGAGCUAGCUAGCUAGAGCGCUAGAGCGAAGCAUUUGCGAGUGAUUCCAAGACGCGAAAUCGACCAACCACCCCGCCAAAAAUCGAUUAAACCACAACCGAUAGCGAGAGUGAAUCCCGUUUUAAAGCACCAGGAACGGAACGGCAAGGGAACGUGGCGAAGGGAAACGUGUUGCGUGUUGGUGGCGUGCCAGGAAGUCAUCGCCAUUCGCCAAGACAGUUAAUGUGGCAUUAAAGUCGCCCAAAAAAGGAUCCCCUCCAAGUAGCGGCAAAACCAUUAGCUAUCGCAGGGCUCGAUCCUCUCUCUCUCUCGGUGAUUUACUAUCAGCUCCAAUUUAUCCAUGACCCCGCUCCCCGGGACACAGGAACCUCGUUAGAACCUUGCCUCGUUAAAGGUUCCCGUUCGCCGUUGGAAAGUUUGAUCGAUAUCAGUGCCUUCGGUGAUAGUAGCGAUUGGUCCCGGUACGUGGCUCUGUUUGUUUUUGUGCGUUCCGUGGUACCUCAUUCCGCCAGCAGACGCCAUCGGGGGUGGAUCGGCGUUCGGUUCUGGAACCUCGCGAGAGCGCCAGGAAGUGAAUUUGUGAUUCGUGUGGCGUGUUCGCGUUGGGUCAGUGCGUGUCUCACUCCAAAACCCUCGUCACGCCAAGCAGCAGCAUCCGGUAGAGCGAUGAUACCGAUUCUCGGGCAGUUUGAUCUGAAAGAAGGAGUGAAACAGAUCGUCGGCGUCUCGGAUAUCACCGAAAACCGCAACAUAUGGCGCAUGCUGGUGGCCGAGUUUCUCGGCACCUUCUUUCUGGUGGCGAUCGGCAUCGGUAGCACGACCGGCUGGAACGACUACAGUCCCACGCUGACGCAGAUUGCGUUCACCUUCGGCCUGGUGGUCGCCACACUGGCACAGGCAUUUGGGCACGUGAGUGGAUGCCACAUCAAUCCGGCCGUUACGAUCGGGCUGAUGGUGACCGGCGACGUGAGCAUCCUGAAGGCAGCGUUCUACAUCGUCUCGCAGUGCAUCGGUGCGAUCGCCGGAGCGGCCGUCAUUAAGGCCGCCACACCAUCGGAAGUCGUUGGUGGGCUCGGUGUGACCGGAAUCGCCCCGGGACUGUCGGCGGGCCAGGGUGUCCUGAUCGAGGCGCUCAUCACCUUCAUCCUCGUGUUUGUCGUCCACGGCGUGUGUGACAAUCGGCGCUCGGACAUCAAGGGUUCGGCACCGCUCGCCAUCGGACUCUCCAUCACUGCCGGUCAUCUGGCGGCGAUUAAGUACACCGGUGCCAGCAUGAACCCGGCUCGCUCGUUCGGACCAGCGGUCGUAAUGGGCAACUAUACGGAUCUUUGGGUCUACUGGGUUGGUCCGAUUGUCGGUGGUAUUGUGGCCGGGGCCAUGUAUCGUCUGUUCUUCAAAGUAAGAAAAGAUGAACACUAACAAAGUCGGUGACCAGGUGACUAACGACGUCCAGUACAUUUAGCCCGAAGCGUAACGUAUAACACCGCGAUAGGCCCGAAAGGCCCCCCCCUCCAUCUCGAUAGCUUCUACUGUGACUAAUUUCAUUAAAAACAACAAAAAAAAACCCCCUCCACCACACCAACAUCAACACGACUCCAACGACUGGCUGGACUCGCUCGUUUUGGCCGGCGGAUGAAGGAUCGAAGCUCGAGCAACAAAGAAAAAAAACAACCGUUUAUUCCCAUUCCCCACCGGAAGCCACCGGAAGUGGGGUGACACUGGUCGUGAAGGGCGCGCAUUAAACCAUCAUCAAAACAUCCACCAUUAAGCAUGUUGGAUCGAAAGGACCGGAAAAAGAGAGGGCUUCCUCACUCGGUUAUGAGGUGCUGAAGAGGGGAGCCCGGAUAAUCGGAGGAACCGAAGGAGAUGGAUACAGAGCGAUACACACAGAGCGUUUGGCACACGAAUCAUCGUUAAAGCUACACUAAUUCUAGCAACACGUAGGACACGAGGACGAGGAAUCUUCAAGGGUGACCUGAACUAACCAAAAGCACACACGCGAGCACGGUUGAGCAUUCGCUGCAUGCACACGUUACACACUCAUUUCAGUAUUUGUUUCUCUACAAAAACACUAACCCAACUAACUGUGGAAAAUUGUUGGAUAAGGAUAAUGGUCGGAUAACGAAGAAAGUUGUAAGUUGCACCGAAGCUGUACAUAAUCCUUCAACGGCUGGAUCGCACCAGCACCAUGCUAUCAUCAGCAGCAUCUACUCCACUCAGUUCUUGGUCUCACGAUCCACGUGUAUCAGCACCUUAUCGAUUAUAAGGCGCAAGACCAUUCGCGGUAGUUUGAAUACAAGUGAAUGGAUGUCCCCGCUGGUGUUGUACUACUCUCCUGCUUGCGGAUCUAUCUGUGAGUGCAUCGUGUGGUAUAUGCGUGUUUGUGCACCCUCUUGAUCACUCAUGUACGCACGCAUGCACGGACACGUCUCGUAGUGGCGUAAGAUUGUUAAUGUAUUUUAUCAUAUUUAAAUGGAGCUUAUUUUUUGGAACAGCGAGGCAGACGAUAGGAGCUUUUCUUCUUCAUCUUUUUUUUAUGUAGAUGCGAUGUACUUAAGUGAAAUUUAAAGAGAAAGAUAUAGAAAACAGAAAGCGAAAAACACCUUUAAAAAAUACAACAAAAUUACCUAAAUUCCCCAGAAGAGUUCGCACAAAAUACGAAGCCCACGGUUCCACGUAUUCCGCUAUACAUAUUAUUCAGGCAGCACAAACGCAAACGGGCAAACGCGUUUACAUAACUCUAACGUAAGUUCUAUUUAUGUAUCAUAUACAUUGGAAUUUACCAGAAAAAAGAAACAAACAAAAAACAUAACAAAAGCUCGGCGGAAAAGGCAGUAAUAUUGUUGUAAAAGUUGUUGAGCAGAGUGUAUGAGAGAGAGAGAGAGAGAGGAUAAAUUUAAAUAAAAUAUACGAUUACAAAACAUA